GCAGGAGGCCGGCAGCGGCCGGGGCUGGGCGCUGGAGCCGCCGCGGCAGCAGGAAGAUGGAUGCCCCGCACCCGUCCUUCGCCGCUGAGCAUCCUCCCCUGUCCGCGGCACGUAGACGCAUGAAGAGAACAUUUACUGGCAAGAGGAGACCAUCUAUGUAUUUCAUGACUGUGUAUGUAUUACUUACAAGAUGUCCAGCAGAUCUCCUAAGUGACUAAUAACAACAAUUUCCUCUGUGAAGGGCUUCCAAAGCAGCUGAGGACAGAAUCUUAAGGAAUGCCAUGCAGUAAGCGCUAAACGAACUGGCACAGAAAGGAUCAGAAAAAGAUGGCAGUCUAUAUUUGAAAUAAUUAAACAUAUGGACUCUCACUGAUAAGAAAUCAUGUCAAAAAAAGGACGUAGUAAGGGCGAAAAGCCUGAGGCACUGAUUGUAGCCCUACAGGCUGCCAAUGAGGAACUCAGGACCAAGCUAACAGACAUUCAAAUUGAGCUGCAUCAGGAGAAGUCUAAGAUUGCUAAACUAGAAAGAGAGAAGACUCAAGAAACAAAGCGUAUCCGUGAAGUGGAGCAGCGCAAGCAGACUGUGCAAAUCACAGAGCUAAAAGCCAAACUCCAUGAGGAGAAAAUGAAGGAGCUGCAGGCCGUGAGGGAGAACCUCAUCAAACAGCAUGAGCAGGAGAUGACACGGAUGGUGAAAGUUCGAGACAGUGAAAUCCAACGUCUCAAGUCAGCGCUGUGUGCACUGCGGGAUGGUAGCAGCGAUAAAGUAAGGACAGCGCUGACUAUUGAGGCUCGUGAAGAGGCCAGAAAACAGUUUGACUCUGAGCGCCUUAAGCUUCUGCAGGAAAUUACUGAACUUAAGUCUGCCAAAAAGCAGGUAGAUGAGGCCUUGAACAAUAUGAUCCAAGCUGACAAGAUCAAAGCAGGUGAUCUUCGAAGUGAGCACCAGUCCCACCAGGAAGCCAUUUCUAAGAUCAAAUGGGAGAGUGAGAGGGAUAUUCGCCGCCUGAUGGACGAGAUCAAGGCUAAAGAUAGGAUCAUAUUUUCCUUGGAGAAAGAACUGGAGACACAGACGGGCUAUGUGCAGAAGCUGCAGCUGCAGAAAGAAGCUCUGGAUGAACAGCUUUUCCUGGUGAAGGAGGCAGAGUGUAACAUGAGCAGUCCCAAGAGGGAGAUCCCAGGAAGGGCCGGAGAUGGCUCAGAGCACUGCAGCAGCCCUGACUUGCGCAGGAACCAGAAAAGGAUAGCAGAGUUGAAUGCCACAAUCCGGAAACUGGAAGACAGGAACACGUUGCUCGUUGAUGAACGAAAUGAACUGCUGAAGCGUGUCCGAGAAGCUGAAAAACAAUGUAAACCUCUCUUGGAAAAGAACAAGUGCCUCACAAAGAGAAAUGAUGAACUGAUGCAGUCUUUGCAGCGCAUGGAAGAUAAACUCAAAGCAGUGACUAAAGAAAAUAUAGAAAUGAGAGAAAAAAUGACAUCACAUCCUCCUCUAAAGAAACUAAAAUCUCUCAAUGACCUGGAUCAGGCUAAUGAGGAACAAGAAACUGAAUUUUUAAAGCUUCAGGUCAUAGAACAACAGAACAUAAUUGAUGAAUUAACAAGGGACAGGGAAAAACUCAUUCGUCGCAGAAGGAGUAAAAGGAGUUCAAAACCAAUUAAGAGACACGUGAUAGAUACAGUUUUGGGGUAUGAUGAUGAUUCCAUGGACUCCGAAACAUCCUCUGUGGCCUCAUAUAGAACAGACAGAACACCAGCAACUCCAGACGAUGAUCUGGAUGAGAGUUUAGCUGCAGAAGAAUCAGAGCUGCGGUUUCGACAGCUGACAAAGGAAUAUCAGGCCCUGCAGAGAGCUUAUGCGCUACUGCAAGAGCAAACAGGAGGCGUCAUAGAUGCUGAAAGAGAAGCCAAGGCUCAAGAGCAGCUCCAAGCUGAAGUCCAGAGAUACAAAGCCAAAAUAGAAGAUCUGGAGAAAACUUUAGCACAAAAAGGACAGGACUCGCACUGGGUGGAAGACAAACAGCUUUUCAUUAAGAGGAACCAAGAGCUUUUAGACAAGAUAGAGAAACUGGAAGCAGAAAACAACCGUCUGCAACAGGAGCUGCAGGAUGCCCGGGACCAGAAUGAGCUGCUGGAAUUCCGCAACCUGGAGCUGGAGGAAAGAGAGAGACGGUCGCCACCGUUUAAUCUCCAAAUUCACCCAUUCUCCGAUGGUGUGAGUGCUCUACAGAUAUACUGCAUGAAGGAAGGGGUUAAGGAUGUCAGCAUCCCAGACCUCAUAAAGCAAUUAGACAUCCUAGGUGAUAAUGGGAAUUUAAGAAAUGAAGAACAAGUGGCCAUAAUUCAAGCUUCCACUGUAUUGUCUUUGGCAGAAAAGUGGAUUCAGCAGAUUGAGGGAGCCGAGGCUGCUCUGCACCAGAAGAUGAUGGAACUGGAAAGCGAUAUGGAACAAUUUUGCAAAAUAAAAGGUUAUUUGGAGGAAGAAUUAGACUACAGGAAGCAAGCUCUUGACCAAGCAUACAUGAGGAUCCAGGAGCUUGAAGCCACCUUGUACAAUGCUUUGCAGCAAGAAACAGUGAUAAAGUUUGGGGAACUGCUCACUGAAAAACAGCAGGAAGAGCUAAGGACAGCAGUAGAAAAGCUAAGACGCCAGAUGCUGAGGAAAAGCAGAGAAUAUGAUUGCCAGAUUCUUCAGGAGAGGAUGGAGCUGCUUCAGCAGGCUCAUCAGAGGAUCCGAGAUUUAGAAGAUAAAACUGACAUCCAGAAGAGACAAAUUAAGGAUCUGGAGGAAAAGAGCACCCGACCACACAGAUUUGUCCCUAGAAAGGCAAAUGCUUCCAACCCCAAAAUGAAGAGAACGUUGUUUACACCUAUUAAAAAAAAAAAAACAACAACCUGUAGCCAAGACUGCAACCACCUUGUAUUUUAAAGCCAUCACUCAAGAUUCAUUAAUGGACAGUUCCUGUCUAAAGCUAUGAUAUAUGCUGCAUCUAAUGAAAUUCUAUAUGUUGAAAUUACAGAAGGGGAAGAAAUACAAACUGUGAAUCUACAUCACUAAAGGAAAACUUAAAGGGAAUCAGCACGGCUCCACUUCCAGCUGAUCAAGUCAGAGUGUGUCUUGGGCAUGGAACCAAAGUUACAACAGAAAAAUCUAUCCCUGCUGUGCAGGGCAGUUGUUUAAAUGUGACGCUGUCAUCCCACAAACAGAUCAAAAAAUAAGAGGAAAGAGCAGGAGAAACAGUUAGGAUGUGCAGAGAGAUAUUGGCCGUAAAGCGUUCAGUUUGGACUGUCUGAUUUUCUCACUGCAGAGACUCUUUCUCUCUCCCUUUGGUUUUCACCUCAGGAACAAUGACAGCUGCCAUGUGGAGGCAAAAAAAAAAAAAAAAGAAAUGUAUUCUGGCUUAUUGCACUAUGGGCAGGACAAGACACCAUGUUUUGUAUUUGAGAUCAUUAUAAGGCAACAUUCUACAUGGCAGAGUAAGGGAAAAAUCAGAUGUUGUGCGUAAGGAGUGUUUCUGACAGAGCUGUAGCCUUCUCUCUUCAUACUCCCUGCAUGAAGAAAAGCCUGUCCUUUGUCAGGUACUUCUCAGACUUCCAUACUUGGUUUCACUGAAAUAAUAAUGUACUGAGGAUCACUGGAUUGAACCUUCAGAGUGGCUUCUGAGGAAAAAAAAAAAAAAAAAGAUGUUUUCAAGGGGAAAGGAAAGAAAGCAAUCCCCAGUGUCCAUGUCGUAUGAUCCACGAAGCAUUAGCUUUCAGAUAUUUUGUUCCAGCUUGGAUCCGACUGAGUGUAAGAAAGCCUUAUAAAUAUUUUGGUUUGGCUUGUCAAACUGAUUUUGUUAGCUGGCUUCCUGACCAAGAACACAUUUACCAAAUAAUGGGGAAAGCCAUGUAAAAGCAUCCUUACUGGAUAUGAGAAGAAGUAUCAUAAGUCUGUUUAGAUUUUUCUGUAAUUAAGAAUAACUAGAAGUCAUUUCCAUUUCAAAGCAUUAGGUAUCUCUCUCCUGACAAAGUCUGGAACCCAGUCCUGGUGUCUCCCUAAGGCAAGCAGUGCCCUCAUAGCUGCAUGUCCCUUUAGCCAGUAAGAAGCAAACCCCAAGGAGAGUUUACACCUGCAACAAACCCUGCCAAGCUCUUGUGUCUGUUGGAAGCGAAGCUGCAUCCAUCUUCCCCUUCCUCAUGGUGUGCUGCAGGAGCUAGGCAUGGCAAUGCACUUCUCUGUGCCUCUGUUUUUAUUUCCCUGGAAACAGAGUCUUGCCUGUGCAGACUUCAGGUUCCUGUGGCAGAGCUUAUUUGAGCUGUGUCUUCCUCAAUGGAGCCUUAAUUUCAGCUGGGAAAAAAUGGAUUUCCAUAUAACAAUGUGGAAGACAGCCUGUGCAUUACUUAAACCUUCAAAAGAGGGCUCAUGUUUUAAAUUUUACGCACACAGACUCUGCAUACCAGAAGCUUUAGAAGUGCUUUACAAAGAGUCUUGCCUUUGCUUGUUCAUUUUCCUCAGAUGGAGCAACUGAGGCACAAAGCAGUGUAGUAACUUGCACAGCAGCUCAGCAGGGCAAAAGCUAUUCCUUGGCUAUAGCAGAAAUUAAGUUCAUCUAGUACAGAGGAUGCCUGCCCCUCAGAGAUACUUUGGAGCCAGAACAGCUUUUACUCAUUAAUGUUCAUAGAUCAGCACUGGGCUUUGUCCAGAGACUGAGGGCAUCCUCAUUUCUUGCAUGUCUGGAAGUUGUGUUGAGCCCUCCAUUAAAGGUUAGCAGCUACUAGCAACUUUCUGCUCCUUAAAAUUAAUUUAAAUUGCAAAAUGAACAGAGCUGUUUGAAGCAGUCUGUUUUAGUCAAGGGGUUUACUGAAUUCUGCACUAGCUAUAUGUUUGGCCCCUUUCUAUUUUACUUUUUUUUUUUUAAACAGGCUAGUAGGCAGGUAUGUUACAUGAAUGCUGGUACGUUGCAUGCUCUGUGUUCAAACUUCUUCCCCCUGCAGAAGAAUCUAUGGGUAAGGUUGGCCCAAACCUAUCACGUGUGCUUUCCAAGGGUGCUGCUGCCAAUUCAGUCAUGAAGCUUUGAGUCAGGCCCUUUGAGAGCCUCCUCCCACACCUGUGGCACACUGGGAUCACUUUGCAAUUUUUUGUUAACUACAAAGAGUUUUUUUCCAGUCUGGUUAUUCCCUCUUCCCUUGUUGUGUUGUUUGUUUUUUUUUUUUCCCUUGCUGGAGCACAAGUUCAUUUCAUACCACUUGGCUGCAGCAGUAUGUGUCUUGUCCUCAGACAUUAUAAUGCCAGGCUCAUCUAAAGAAGCAUGAGCGGCAUGUGUUUUCCAUGGCUCUGCAAUAACUUCCAUCUCUGCUUUGGUUCAAAAAAAUGAGUGCUGGAAGUGUUUGUUAUAGGUAAUCACAGGGCAGAAGCAUAGCUUAGAUAACAUUAUCUAGUUUUAGAACAUACCUCGCUGAUUCUGUGACAGAAUUCAUUACUUAUGAAUUCUGAGCUGUGCUGUGCGCAUCUUGCGUUUGUUUCUCUUGCCUGAUUUCCCCUCCCUUACUCUUUCUUAUUACGUAUGCAUGCAGGUGCUGCAUUUCCAAGGGCUUAGGGAGGGGUGGGAGAUGGCAGAGCACCCACAGGUUACUGUGGUGUGACAUGUAAAUGGUUGCAAACUAGAAAGAUUGUUGGAGUCACUCCAGAGAGCUGAACAACAGCAGCUUUAUUCUCCUUGCAGCAUAACGUGAGCCAUGCCUAAAACACACUCGUUGAUAAAAUACAAACUUCCUACUGUCAGCCUGAUAAAAAUGAGUUGGAUAAAGAAUGUUUGGAGAUACAUAUGUAUCUAUAUUAUAUAUAGAGAUACAUAUAUAUGCCAUCUGUCUGGUCCCUAUUGUAUAUAGGAAAUCAUUGAUAUAACUUAUGAAAGUAUAUUUCUGACCUUGGUAUGGGGAAUUCAGUGUAGACUUGUUUAGCUACAGCAGCUGGUAUGCGCAUGGUUUAGUUUUACAUCUUAUGUGCAACUUCUUUGUGGUUCAGUUUUUCCUUUUUUCUUUCUUUCUUUUCUUCCUUUUCAUUCUUUUUCUUUUUCUUCCACCAACCAUUCUUUGUCCUGAAGCUGUCAUCCAAGGCUUCCUGUUUUUCCUGAUAUUUGCUGAGGCAAGGUAUUGAGAGUCCUCCCAAAUGAGUCUCUGCAGCCUCUCCCUCAAAUCAACUAGCAAACCCACAGCAAUUUAUUUCAGUUUUUGAGGACUGUAAACAUAGCACUGAUUCCACCCAUCUAUGCUAGGGCAGGACUACAGCACUCCGCAACUUCCAAACCAUCACAGCAGUAGAUGAGGCAUGUGCAUGAUGAAAGUCAGCUGAACAAAAAUCAAACUUGCCACUUUUUCUCCCCUUUUUCCACCAAAUCCGGAGAGUUCAAAGGCACUUCUUUCAAUUCAAGCACUUCAGACAAAGACCUAGUUGGUGAGAUUAAUUUAGGCAAUUGGGUUUGAGACAGAAAUAAGGCUUCUUGCAGUAUUACCAGCCUGGCUCACAGCUCCACUCUCAUUGGCAUGCCUGGAGACCCAUGUAGAUUUUCUUUUAUUUUUUUUUUUGUACACACACUCCAUUUUCCAACUCCCGGCCGUCAUCUCAGUGGGGAAUAUCCUCUGAACCUCCAAAACUUUUGGUUUCAUGGCACCCCAUGAGGACCCGAUAGGCCAGGCUUCUUCUCAUUAGGGCGAGGUUCAAUGAACAGCCAUACAGUUGCUGAUGAGUGAAAGUUUUUUCGUUUGUCUGUUUUUCCCUGCCCUGUUUCACAUCAGCACCUGUUUUUAGAUAUACUUUUUUUUUUAUUGUGUUUACUCCAGAACAGAAGUGUAAAUGACUUGGCAGAACGACCCUUUGAUAAACACUGGACACGUAUCUGUAUUAUAUGUAUUAAUGUGUAGAAGAGAAUCCUUAUUGUAUGUAAAGUUUUAUGAAUGGUUAUUUUUUAAUUUAUGUAUUUAAUAUAGGAUUCGAUGACCUCUGGUGUUUUAGUUUGUAUAAAGAAAAAAUAAUACAGCAGCAUUUUUAAAAAAAUCUCACUUUACAUUCACAGAGAUGUUUAGUGUCUGUCUGGAAUCUGUUUGGAGGUACACGUGGCAGAGCCCUAGCUCAAGCUGCCCAGAGAGGUGGGGGAGUCUCCUUCUCUGGAGAUACCCAAACCCGCCUGGACGCUUUCCUGUGCAGCCUGCUGUAGAGAACUUGCUGUGUGGGAUUGGGCUGGGGAGCCCCAGAGUCCCUUCCAAGCCCUGUGGCUCUGUGACUCUGUGCCAUGUUGAGGCCAAACAACUAAGAUACGUGGAACGUACCUUCCUGGCCUGCUCUCUGAUGUG